ACGGAGAGGACGGUAGCUCCUCCUCUCCCUAUCUCUCUCUCUCUCUCCCUCUCGCUGUGUGCUUUAUAGAUGUAUAUAAUCCCUGAGUUGACCCAGAAAACAAACUCCUCUGACUGUUGAGACGCCGCAGAGUUUGAAUCCACCGCAGGGCUGCAUGUAGCCGGAGCAUCAGCUGGAGAAACAACCCCGGCACUGAUCCAACUUCUCCACACGGAUUCUACAUUAAUACAUCGGAGUGACCAUGGCUGAACACAUGAUGAUGCCCAUGACCCACAGCUUCAGGAUGGGCAUGAAUGGACCUCCGCAGCACAAUGGCCAGCCAGGCCUGCGCAGCCUGCCCAACGGCCAGGUGAUGCACUACGGCAGGAACCCUCAGAGUAAUAUGGAGGCUGCCAUGAGACAGAGGCAAGGCAUGGUGGGACCCGGUGGGAUGGGAGGGCCGGUUAAUGGAGCUCCCAUGGCCAACCACCACCACCAGAUGAUGUCUGGGAACAUGAUGUACAAUGGCCAGGGCCCCCAGCAGCAGCAGCACCACCACAUGCACCCCCAGCAGCAGCAACAGCAGCAGCAGCAGCAGCAGCAGGGUGGACACCCACAGCAGUAUCUCCCUGGUAACCUCACCUCCCAGCAGCUCAUGGCCAGCAUGCACCUGCAGAAACUCAACACUCAGUAUCAUGGACACCCACUCAGCUCAGCCAACGGACACCACCUGCCCAACGGUGCUCAGUACCGGGUGGGACCGGCCCAGCUAUCAGGCAUGCAGCACAUUGGUGGCCCUUUGGGGCUAAACGGCAUGGACAUGGAUCUGAUCGAUGAGGAGGUUCUGACUUCACUGGUGCUGGAGUUUGGGUUGGAUCGUGUUCAGGAGCUGCCGGAGCUCUUCCUGGGACAGAACGAGUUUGACUUCAUAUCAGACUUUGUGUGCAAACAGCAGCCGAGCACGGUGAGCUGUUGAGCAAAGCCGCCGGAAGCUGGUUUGGUUUGUUUGGACUGGGCACCCCAAAGAAUGACUGAGCGGCCACAGUAGCACAGCGAGAAGAGACAAUCUCUCUCUUCUGUUUGGGUGUAUCUGUGUCUGUGUAAAUGACAGUGUCUAGCACGCCUUCACACUGACCUGCCUGCGAGUUGAUGAAGAGUUGUAAUGAGAGAAAAUACAGCUAAAAGCACCAGGUUUCUCUUCUUUGAGCUGGUGCCAGUAAGAUCUGUUGUAUUUGGCCCAGCUGAGGCAUCCUGAUGCAGCGGGCUCUGUCUGUACCCAUCUGGCCCUCAGCACUUGUGCCUGCAGUGCCAAGGCUUUGGGAUAAUUGUAAACUUUAACUAACACAAGGAGGGAUGACAACCUGGAAAGACUGUCCAUCUGGGUAUGCUAGAUUCUGUGGCAUCUCUAAAUGUAUUUUAUUUCUGAUGACACCUUCAACUAGUAGCAGAUGUUUUACAAAAAUUUAUAAAAGUUUGUCCUCUGAAUUUGUUUAUACAAGGAUGAAGGGAUUAGGAGUCAAGAAUGAUUUUAUUCUGUGUGUGUGUGCAUAUUGAAGGCUGGCUCUUCAAGACUGAGUUCCCCCCCCCCCCCAAAAAAAAAAAAAUAAAAUAAAAUUACACAUUUUCUUGAAGAGCAGGAGAGGAGGUUGUGCAGCAUUUCUGAGUGAUGUGAUGGGGCUUAUCUGAGAUUGGUUAGGUGAAAUGUGCUACGUCGAUUAUUUUAGCACUCAGUGUCAUUUACCCGACUCAGAUAAAAUCUGCUAUCAUUAAAUGUAUCGCAUCUGUUCCUUGCUAUUUAACUGUGAUUGAAUCAUUGGCAAAGUAGCGUGUCGCUUAGAGUGUUGGCUUAAACAAAGCUUUUAUUUGUAGAGAAUGGCUCAGACAUUUAGGUGCUCUUUGCAAGCACAUCUUGGGUUACUAAUUAGUAGAACUGCAAGAAGAGUUAGGAAUGGAGGAACUUCGUAGUACAUGAGAAACAGCAUUCCUGUGGCCUAUCGCGAGAAGCCAAACAAAAAAGCAGCUACCAGGAGCUGCCGGUCACAGGUCUGAGACAAGAUUUUUUAAACAGGACUGGUUUAAAAAAAAAAAGAAAAAAAAAAAAAGGUGCGUGAUUGCAGAACUUUGCAUUUGUGUGUUGUUUGUGUGCGUCUGUGUGUGGUCAGUGCAGUGAGGCAUUUAAAACCCAUCGAAUGGCGUCCUCCUCCCUAAACCAUUGCCCGGUACGCUGACGCUGAUUGGAGGCUGACCGGGGAGAGAGGUUUUGGUGUGUGGACACAAUGUGUGGACACAGCACUCCCCGGCAGCACUUAGUUUAAUCAUUAUUUAAAGCUGCCGCUACCUGUGGCAUUGAUUUCAUUAGGCAGGAAGAGCGAGCGAGGAGCACAAAGCGUGCAAAGUUGUUGUUUUUGCCAUAGAUUAGCUUACUCUGCUGCUUUUCUACUGAUUAGAUUUAAAUUACAUGUUCUCACACGCUUGUCUUAAUUGAGGUCGACUUGCACAUUCUCCAAUGACUCAAUAAUUAUAAAACGGACAUGUUCUGUGGCACUUUUUUUUUUUUUUUUCCAUUUUUUUUAGCACCAUUGGUAAUUAGGUUUUUGUCAAGGUUGCUGCUUUGCCACUGCAGGCCAGUUGAGGGAGAACUUCCUGCACUCAUAAUGCUAUUUGUGGCGCUAUCAGAGGGGUCAGGGCUGCGCUGGUGCACUGUGUUAAUCUGUUCCAGUACAACUGUGCCGCCAUCCCUGUCUCUCUGGAGAUCAGCCAUCUCCUAGCUCUCGAGUCAAACAAUGGGCAUUGAAUCGCUGUUAAAAAAGCAGAAUAGUGGCAGCGAGGUCCCGCUCUGUUUUACUUUCUGCCUGGCAAACAGCAGCCAGACAAACUCACAACCUCGCAGUCAAAAUGGAAAUACUUUCUGGCCUUAGCAAGACAGUGGCCUCUGAUUACUGCUAUAUCAAUAAGCGCAGCCUUCUUGUGUAUUGUAUCUUCGUACUGUAGAUUAGAGGUGAAGUUGAUCUAGACACAUUUAAGGUACUUUCAAAAAAAAAAAAAAAAAAAUUGUCAGAUGUAAAUGUAAAUCAGUAGCUGAUUUUGAUGUGUUGACAGGAGAUUAUAUCCUACAUUUUUACAGGCGAGUGUGUAGA